GUCGAGUCAGGGCACGCAGCUGUCACCGAGCAAGGAAACAAGCAAGACAUCUCACAAAAUACACACUCCGAGUAAGAUUGAGGCACGCUUCGGGGCGGAGAAAGACGGCGUGUUUCUGUUCUUCCGUCCCACAGUAAGGUAGAAAACACUCAGUGAAGUGAUCCCCAGCUCUGACGUCUAAUGUGUACACUGGACAGUGCCACACAAUACGACAGUGCAAGUACACGGUGGCCCCAGAUAUACGGGCAUGACAGGUACCUCAUGCAUGUCCCUGCUUCGUACUUCCAGUAUGAGUAAACAUAGCAGGCAAUCCUUCCAAGGAAUACCGUUAGCUCCCGUCCAUACCCGACGAGCUUCGGCCUCUGUAUAUAAACUCCAGGCUCUCUCCCAAACCACACAUCCCGCUUCCCGCUCAAACAUCCGCACCGAUUCAAUUCGUGCUGUCUCCUCGAAGCACACCGGCCAUUGCUUUCCAUUGCUCAUUCACCCCCGAGAGGAAAAACCUUCAACAUGCCGCUGUCCGGGCAUUGUCUCUGCAAGGCUGUCACCUACACGGUUGACGUCGAGGCCCCGAUCCUCACGGGAUACGACCAUUGCGACGACUGCCAGCGCCAGUCGGGCUCGACCUACUCCCUCGUCGCCGUCGUGCCCAAGGACAAGCUCACCGUGCAGGGCCCGCUCAAGAAGUGGGAAGGAAAGGGCAGCUCGGGCCACUCGGUGUGGCGCUGGUUCUGCAGCGAGUGCGGCUCGCCCAUCGCCCACGACCCGGACGCCGCCCCCGAGAUCAUCGCCCUCAAGGGCGGCUCGCUGGACGUCGAGAUCAAGAAGACGCUGAAGCCGGACACCGAGAUCUGGACCGUCAGCAAGCUGCCCUUCUGCCAGGAGCACCUGGCCAAGCCGUUUGAGCACAUGCCGCAGUAGAUCAGCUCCAUUUCCUGACGGUUGUUGGAUGGAGGCUGGGGGAGGGCGUGAUACAUGGAAUAUGGACGAGCCCAUGAGGAUUUGAGAGCAAGAUGCCCUCGACAGGCCGUACAUGCUGGGAUAUCGGGUUGUAGAUCCCCCAUGAGCUACCAAAAUGGCAAAUGAAGCAAACGCCUGCUAGAUUCGCGAACAGAUGAAGCCGCUGGAUGCAACUCAACGGAAGCGCUGUGAGCAACAAGUUGAUGCGUAAAAUAAUAUUUAAAAAAAAAUAAGGGGGGUGAUUCAAAGGCCCACCAUCCACUUCUAAUCCUUACCUGGAGUACGAAGCACACAUCCAAGAAGCGAGGUUGAACGGGGAAAAACAAACGGAACCAACCUACCGCAUCAAUAUCAAAGCAAGGACGCCAAAGCCCCCUUCAGCGCCGCCAGCAAGCCCACGCCAUUAACGACGCUCCCCCGCGCGAGCGAUCCGUCCGAGCCCGCGAAACCGCCAAAAGUGUCCGGCACAAGCGCUUUCACCUGCGCCACCAGCGCGGCGGACAGGAAGUAGUCCCCCCCGCCGGCGCCGGACGCGUCAUCGG